GCCAGCAUGUCGCACCUCUACCUACUAGUACCAUCCUCCUCGUCUGCGCGGACGAGGCACGGGCACGGCCACCCCGCCACCCCCCUGCAACUCGCCUAUAAGAAGCAGCGUACACACGAUGCUAAGCCCAAGCUCACUCAAACACAUCCAAACAACACUAUCUCCUCAGUACAUCAGAGCCUCCCGGUUAGCAAUAUGGCAAAGUGUCUCGCCGUCGCGCUCCUGCUACUGGUGGUGCUCGCGUCCUGCGAAGGGAGGGAGCUGAAUGAGAAGGUUGCAGCGACGCGUGUCGUAGGUGCGGGUGGCGGCGUCGGCGAGUCUAAGGCGUUGGACUUGCCUGUGCUCGGGGGAAUCGGUACGGGAACCAGCACCAUUACCGGCCCGCUGGUGGUGGUUCCUGGGAUCCCUGCUAUUGGCCCAUGAUCAUCUCUGGCUCAUGUGCUGCCUAACAGGAAGCUAAAGCUCGCCUUGUCGCUUUAGAUUCUAUAGGUAG